AUGGAUGCCAAUAAGGACGAGGCUUUGCGUUGCGUGUCAAUGGCUAGGGCCAGGCUAUCGGCUGGGCAGACAGAACUUGCUAGACGUUAUGUUAUGAAAGCAGUUCGACUUUACCCUGGCGUGAGCAUAGCAGGCCUGGAAUCGUUGGUGUGCAAUUCACGAUCCCAGUCCCGUGAAAGAGCUUCGACAGUGAAUAGAGACUGUGAUAGCUCACAAAACGUCAGCAACCCGCCUCCACCGGAGCACUCAGAGGCUGUUUUCACCAGGGCACAAGCCGAGGCUGUACGAAAGGUUCUCGCUUGCAAAGAUUAUUACGAACUGCUGGGAGUAACCAAAGAUAGUUCUGAAGAUGUAAUACGUCGUUCAUAUAAGUCUUUGGCACUGAAGUUUCAUCCUGACAAGAAUAGAGCACCUGGUGCAACGGAAGCCUUCAAGAAGAUUGGGACUGCUCUGAGUGUUUUGACGGACCCUGAAAAACGCCGCAGGUAUGAUCAGUAUGGUACGGAGGAGGAGCAGGUCCCGCGAAUAACGCGUGUUCAUCGGCAUGGUGACCCGUUCUUCCAGUAUGAUGGCGAUGUAUUCACGAUGUUUUUCAAUGGUGGCUUUCCGUUUUCCCAAGUUUAUCGGGGGCAUCAUCAACGCCCCCAUUCCAGGGAGUCGGAACGUGAGGACGCAUCUACUGUGAUCGAACUGACUACCCACUCGCUCUCUUCCAGGUUCCGGCUGCGCACCUGUGGUGGUGCAGAGGUGGGUAGUGUAUUGAGCGGACGAGUGAAACCGUCUCUGUUUCGUUGUAUACCCAUUGCUAAUCGCCUCUGUGCGGUCCACCACACCUUGUUUAUUGUGCCUGCUUACGCUCCAACUGACUGUAGCUCUGAAUCUGCCAAGGACAGUUUCUAUGACGCUAUAGGUGCCUUUCUACAACAGGGUCGAAGCUCAGAUAUCGCUUUGGUUUCUGGUGAUAUGAACGCCCAGGGACCAAAAUGGCUCCUUGAUAUGCAACAAAGCAGAACGUUUGUACCGCUGGACACAGUACUUCGAGCAGCAAUUCAGUUGGCCACCUGCAACCUCCAAUCCAGAAUCCUGGCGUCCAACAGGUGGACCGUGAAUAUGGAGCUGCCUUCGGCCUCAGAAGUUUCCGCGCAUAAUUUACAACUCAAGCGUCAUCGUGCUGUUGGUCCUGAUGACCUUCCGACUGCUCUUUUCAAGGAUGGCGGUGGAUUCCUCAGCCAGUGCCUGUCUAGCUUAUGUGGGUCCAUCUGGGAGAUCGGGACUUUCCCAGACAACUGGGAUGAAUGGAUAGUAGUACCUGUUUUCAAAAAGGGUACUUGCAGUGAAUGUAGUAACCAUAGAGGUGUUAACUUGGCUCCCAUUGUGACAAGGCUUCUGGUGUUAUUGAUUCUUCAUCCUCUUACAUUGGCCUGCGACACCUUGACCCGUGAGCAUCAAGCGGGAUUUUGA